AUGAACCUCACGAUCCUCACGAUCCUUACGAUCCUCACGACCCUCAUGAACCUCACGAUCCUCACGACCCUCACGACCCUCAUGAACCUCACGAUCCUCACGACCCUCACGACCCUCAUGAACCUCACGAUCCUCACGACCCUCACGACCCUCAUGAACCUCACGAUCCUCACGACCCUCACGACCUCACAAACCUCACGACCCUCACGACCCUCACGACCCUCACGACCUCACAAACCUCACGACCCUCACGAACCUCACAAAGUCUCAGACAGGAUCCGAGAUAGUCCUACUGUCCUUGAACUCUUCUGCAGUUUGAAUAACAGGCAAACUGGGCCACGCGUCCAGGCCCCGAGGACCCCAGAAGUCUGCCCCCGAGACCCCAGAAGUCUGCCCCAGAGACCCCAGAAGUCUGCCCCAGAGACCCCGGAAGUCUGCCCCAGAGACCCCCAGAAGUCUGCCCCAGAGACCCCAGAAGUCUGCCCCAGAGACCCCAGAAGUCUGCCCCAGAGACCCCCAGAAGUCUGCCCCAGAGACCCCAGAAGUCUGCCCUAA